AUGUCCCGCUUCCUCCGACCGGCAGUCCGACUGGCCGCCUCCGCCAGAGCUGCUCCUCUCUCCAAGACCUCGACCAUCCCAUCAGUAUCCUCCAGAAUAUCCCGACCAGCUUCUGCGUUCCUGCAAUCGAGAACAUAUGCCUCCGCCGGCACCAAGGAUUACACCGUGCGUGAGGCGCUGAACGAGGCCCUCGCCGAGGAGCUGGAGGCCAACGACAAGGUCUUCCUGCUGGGUGAGGAGGUCGCCCAGUACAACGGUGCAUACAAGGUCACCAAGGGCCUGCUGGACCGCUUCGGUGAGCGGAGGGUUAUCGACACCCCUAUCACCGAGUCCGGUUUCGCCGGCCUGGCCAUCGGUGCUGCCCUCAGCGGCCUGCACCCCGUGUGCGAGUUCAUGACCUUCAAUUUCGCCAUGCAAGCCAUCGACCAGAUCAUCAACUCGGCCGCUAAGACCCUGUACAUGUCGGGCGGCAUCCAGCCCUGCAACAUCACCUUCCGCGGACCCAACGGCUUCGCCGCCGGCGUGGCGGCCCAGCACUCCCAGGACUACAGCGCGUGGUACGGCAGCAUCCCCGGCCUUAAGGUCGUCUCCCCCUGGAGCGCCGAGGACGCCAAGGGCCUGCUCAAGGCCGCCAUUCGCGACCCCAACCCCACCGUCUUCCUCGAGAACGAGCUGCUGUACGGCCAGACCUUCCCCAUGAGCGAGGCCGCCCAGAAGGACGACUUCGUCAUCCCCUUCGGCAAGGCCAAGAUCGAGCGCGCCGGCAAGGACCUGACCAUCGUCUCCGUCUCGCGCUGCGUGGGCCAGUCCCUCGUCGCCGCCGAGAACCUCAAGAAGAAGUACGGCGUCGAGGCCGAGGUCCUCAAUCUGCGCUCCAUCAAGCCCAUCGACCUCGAGGCGAUUGUCAAGUCCAUCCAGAAGACCCACCGCCUGCUGGUCGUCGAGUCCGGCUACCCGGCCUUCGGCGUCAGCGCCGAGAUCCUCGCCCUCUCCAUGGAGUACGCCUUCGACUACCUUGACGCCCCCGCCCAGCGUGUCACCGGCGCCGAGGUGCCCACCCCCUACGCCCAGAAGCCGAGGAGAUGUCCUUCCCCACCGAGCCUCUGA